CAUGGUGCACGCCUUCUCGACGACUUUAUUGCACGCGCGACAGCGGACGGCUUGGGCACGGAGCUCGAGGUGUUCGCACAAAACGAAAAGGCUCUGCGGCUCUACGAAAGCCGAGGGCUCGCCACAGCAAGCCCGCUCUUCGGCUACGUUGCCGAGCCGAGCAAGGUGCCAACGACAUCUGUAUGCACGCCCGAUUUUCUCGACGCGUCGACAGCGUUCGCGUACCUUGCGAGUCUCCCACUGGCCAUGGACCUGCCGCUUCAAGUGCUUCCAACAACGCUGCGUUUAUCCUCCGCACCGUUCGAGUGCUGGAAGCUCGGCGAUGCGCUGUUGGUGUUUGCCGCCAAGGACGAUGCGACCGUACACGUCGCGUGCCUCGUCGACCCGUCACCAAGUCAGCAGCAUGCGAGGCUCCUCGUGCAGGAGCUUCGCCACCGAUUCGCUCACGCGACGUGCAGCGUGCCUCCACUGCAGCGACUGGACGCCGGCGGCCUCGGACUCGAGGACGCUGGCUUCGAGCGCAUGCCACUCCACCAGCUGCUGCUGCGUCGCCCUUGCCAGCCCAGUAAGCCGUAG